AUGGAUGUUCUGCUGUUGCAUCUCUUUCUGUCUGCUCACACAGUCAUUGCCUCUGGUCUGGGAACCUUUACGUUCCAGAAGAGGUCGACCUGGGGGUGGGGGUGGACUGUGCCCCCGAGUUCCACCCCUGGUUACGGAACCACAGCGCAGGCAGACCCAGUGAGUCCGGAUGGCUUGGAGGCUGCUGAAGCUUUCUUGUACAGCGGGGAUGUCUCCAAGCUGACCCAGGCUAACUGCUCACAGAGGUACCAGCUGAAAGGGCUGCCCGGUUCCCCCAGCGGUGCCCUCCGCCCCUACCUCAGCAGCGCCCUGGAUACCUUGACCCACGCCGCCAACUUCCUCAACAUGAUCUUCCAGACCAACGACAUCCGCGAGUCCAGCGUCAAGGAGGACGUGGAGUGGUACCACGCCCUGGUGCGGAGCAUCGUGGCAGGGGACCCCAAGAUCUACCGUGCCCUGCUCACUUUCGACGCCCAGGCGGCUUCCGUCAGGCCCCAGCUGGUCCUGCAGGCGACCCGGGAGCAGGGCCUGGGCGAGAUCGUCCUGCGGGACCUGUCCUCGGCCUGGGAGAUCCUGCGCAUGGGCAGCGACGCCAGCGACUGGUUCGCGGGGCUCAAGUUUUGGGAAGGCCCCUCGCCAGCUUCCUUCCUCCACAAGAGGGUGCUCAGCAACGACCUGCGCACCCUCGACACCCCCAAGUGGAGCCGGGGAGACAGCUAUGUGAUGGACCGGGGCCAAGUGCGCUGGUCUGGGGCCCCCUUCCUCGAGUGCCAAGCCGGGAGGUUUGUGCCCGGCUGGAUGGUCACUCUGUCCACCUCCUUCUACGGACUCAAGCCAAAUCUGAGCCCGGAGUUCAGGGGAGUGAUCCGGAUCGACGUGAACCUGCAGGGGUUUGACAUCGACCAGUGCAGCCCGGGAGAAGCCUGGUUCUCAGACACACACCAGUGCAACCACACCAGCACCCAGUGCAUCCCUCUGAAAGGGCAGGGGUUCAGGCUGAAUCAGUACCGCUGUGUGUGCCUGCCUGGGUUCUACAGCGCCACCGCCAGCUCCACGCAGAACUCACGCAGAAAGGAGGAUGGCCUGCUGAACGACAGGCGCCCCAGAGAGGAGGAUGCUGGGACGGUGCUGGAGUGCCUUCCCUGCCCCCCAGGCUGCCCGCUGUGCCAUGAUGGCGCCCCCUGCAGCGUGCAGGAGGACUUGUAUCUGCGGGCUGCAGUGCUGACAGUGCAAGCCUUCUGCGUGUUGCUUGUCUUUAUCAGCAUGCUGGUGGCUUAUCACUUCCGCCGGACCAAGAGAAUCCGGGCUUCAGGUCUGCUGCUAUUGGAAACGAUCCUGUUCGGAUCGCUGCUCCUGUACUUUCCAGUUUUCAUCAUGUACUUCAAGCCCAGUACAGUUCGCUGCAUUCUGCUGCGUUGGGUCAGAAUGCUGGGGUUCGCUAUCGUGUACGGGACGGUCAAUCUCAAAAUGUACAGAGUGCUGAAGGUGUUCCUGUCCCGCACUGCCCAGCGCGUUCCCUACAUGACCAGUUGGCGCGUCUUGAAGAUGCUGGCGGUCAUCGUUCUGAUGGUCAGCUGGUUCCUGUCGGCCUGGACGGCCGGAGUGCUGGAGAACCUGGACCGGGACGUGCCCCUGCUGGUCAUCUCCCAGACUCCCGAGGGGCUGGGCUUCAGUAUGUGUGACCUUGACCGCUGGGACUACAUGAUGGCUCUGGCGGAGCUGCUGUUCCUGUGCUGGGGCAGUUUCCUGUGCUACACAGUGCGGACGGUCCCCUCUGCCUUCCACGAGCCUCGCUACAUGGGCAUUGCGAUCCACAACGAGAUUCUCAUCUCUACAACCUUCCACCUCCUCCGGUUCCUCAUGCUGCCCUCGCUCCACCCUGACUGGAUGCUGCUGCUCUUCUUCGCUCACACCCACGUCACGAUCACCAUCACCCUCGCCCUGCUCUUCAUCCCCAAGUUCCUGCAUGUGAGCUCUCCCCUGCGGGAGGAGAUUGCAGCUGAGGUGUACGAAGACGAGCUGGACAUGCGACGCUCCGGAUCCUACCUGAACAGCAGCAUCACCUCCGAGCACAGCCUGGACCCUGAUGACAUCCGGGACGAGUUGAAGAAGCUGUAUGCCCAGCUGGAGGUGCACAAGACCAAGAAGAUGACAGCCAACAAUCCUCACCUGCAGAAGAAGCGCAGCGCCCGUCGAGGGCUCGGCCGCUCUAUCAUAAAGAGGAUCACAGAGAUCCCUGAAUCCAUGAGCCGGCAGUACAGCCGCGAGGACAAGGAGGGCUCCCUGGCCAGAGCAGGAGGAGGAGGAGGAGGGGGGAGCCACCAGGGAUCCUGCAAGAAGAAGCCCUUCGAGUCCACCAGCUCCAGCAUGAAGAUGAAGGAGGACUCCAUCAAGCACCGCGUCUUCUCCUUACGCAAGUCUCACAGCACGUACGACCACGUCCGCGAUCACAAGGACCAGCACAACCCCCAUCACCCCCACCCCCACCGGGCCGGAGAGGGCAAGGACCCCUCCCUGCUGGACUCCCUCAUGCGCAAGAAGCUGGCCAAGAAGGCAUCCGAGAGGUCGGACUCCGAUUCGGUGGACGCUGCCCCUUUGGUGUGCAAAUCGGCCAGCGCCCACAACCUCACUGCCAACAAAAAGCCGCUGCACCCCAACAAGCCUAGCAAGCUGCAGAAGUCUCUGAGCGUCAUGGCGGGCGCCAAGAACAAAGCACCGCUCCUGACGGGCAAGGCCCACAGCUUGGAGGACAACUCCAAAAUGCGUGGUAAAAGACAGGAAGAGGAGACGGAGAAAGGGAGGAGGCCUGCAGAUCAAGGUGGCCCUAAAGACCAUCUACAGGAGCUGGAGAGCAGAGCUUGGGAAACAGCUCAGUGGAUCGUGUCCGGAGACGUCACACAGAGGUCGGUGAACACCCUGCUCAAGGAGGACUUUGACAAAGAGGAGGUCUGUCCUUGGGAGCUGGAAGACCUGGCCCUGGAGAGCAAGCCCCAGAAGCAUGUCUCCUAUGGCCCCUUGAAGAGAGACGCCACCAACGGGGAUCAUGGCAAAGAGCAGCCACCAGAGGUAGAGCCGAGACAGCAGGCCCACAAGGGUGAGAUCUGCCUACCGCCUGGGACCAGUAAAGAGGACUCAUGUCCUCUGGAGGGAGAGGAGCUUCCAAGCAAGACUCCAGCUGAGGACAUUUUUCCCUGGGAUCCUGAUCUGCCCCAGGAAAUGGAGACGGAUAAAGCCAGGGCUCCUGUGUCCUUUAGCGCCCCAGGAUCUCCCACAGUAGGGUUCUGGAAAAUGAAGGAUUCCAGAGGGUUCUCCCACAGGGCCCCGGCGAAAGGGUUCGGACUGUCCAUGAAAGGGCUGGGAGGGAGAGGGAGGGAAGGCAGCGGGAAGGAGAAGGUGAAGAAAGGCACGGAGAAACAGAGAGAGAAAAAAGACGACGCAAAAAAGAACAAAGAGAAAGCGGCUGCCAAACCCAAGCAGGGAGAGGUCUGCUGUGGGAAGUCUGGGGAGGCUAAGGGGAACGGUUGUAAAGGAGCUGACGUGAGUCCCUGGGACCCGGAGGGAAGCCCGUGGGAUGUUAAACAGGACGAGGAAGGUGUAACGCCAAGCAAGGACAGGAGGGAAGACAAGCUUGCUGCAGUGUGCCCAUGGGAUGCAGAGGAACCCAAAUCGAACACAGUGGGCAAGACUUCAGAAGGGUGCCUUUGGGAUACCAGCAAAGCACCUUCUGUAAAAAACGAGCACAAAAAUGUCAGUGAGCCAGCGAGCAGGACGAGGACACAGCAGAGCACGUUAGGAGAUAUUUGCCCUGGGGACGCCGUGCAGGUUAAGUUGGGGUUUGAAGCCAAAGACAACGCAGGGGCAAUGCAGGAGACUACUAAAAGACAGGCGAGCCAAGACAGUAAAGCCUCGGAAGUGUGUCCUUUGGAUGUCCCGGAGCCAGCAGAGAAGACGCCCAGGAGCCAAGAGAGUGCCUUGGCAGACGAUUGUCCAUGGGAGAUCGAGGAACCGAAAGCAGGGUGUCAGAACCAAGACAGCAGCAAGGUUUCUGAAGUAUGCCCUUGGGAGGCCACAAAGGCGGCAACUAACAAUACCAAAAAGCAAGACAGCAGAACUAAGUGGCAGGGGAGUGCUGUGGGAGACAAUAGCAAAGACGUGGCAGAUCCAGAAUCCAUCUCUACCUGCAGGCAAGACAUGGAGGCUCCUGAAAUGGAGGAGCUGAAAGCUCAGAGCAGCAGCACUAAGAGCAGGACCACAUCCAGAGAGUCUGACCUGGCCCUGGGCAGAAGGGACGUGCUUUGCCCCUGGGAAAUGGAAGAGGUCAAAUCGAAGGAGCUGGACGAAGCCGAGGAUGUUGGCAAAUCUGCACUGGGAGGGGUGCACCCCAGCGAGGCCGAGAAAACGGGGGUCAAGAAAGUCGACGUGUGCCCUUGGGAUUUCGAGUAGGUUACGGGAGGUGGUGAGGAAGAGUCCCACACAUAGAUUCUGAUGAUGCUGCCCUGUGCAGCACGCUUCCUGAUUUCUGCCUGCUUGAUCUCCAGUAUUCCUACAACUCUUAUACAGGCUGGUUCACAUUUCAGCAUCAUUCCAUGUAAAUGCAC